UUCUUUGAGUCAAAGCCUAACGAUACACGAUUUCACCAGCACAAUCUUAUAUUCAAAAUCUUCGGUCAACUGUCCUUAUCGACUUCUUGUGAUCGACAUUGUUAUAAUGGUGUAUGUUUAAAUGGUUCCUGUGUAUGCUCGAAGGGAUGGGUUGGAAGUCAAUGCGAUCACUGUUACGGACGCAUAAAAGUAACCGAAAAUCAUAGUCAUCUUAUUGAUGGCCCCCUCGACUACAGUCCUUCUUCAAAAUGCACAUGGUUAAUUGAGAGCGAAAAGGUUGGAGCUCCCUUAAACAUACGGCUUGAAAAUUUUCAAACUGAAUGUGGUUGGGAUUUUGUGUAUAUCUACGAUGGCGAUGGUGUAUAUGGCGAACAGCUUGCAGCCUUUUGUGGGGAACAAGAAGUGCAAGAGCUGAGCGCACCAUCUGGUAAAGCACUAAUUUAUUUCUUCAGCGAUUUGGCGAUGAAUUUAAGCGGGUUCAACAUCACUUACGAGUUCGAAAGAUGUCCUUAUAAUUGCAACUCUCAUGGGUCUUGUCAAAAUAGCCAAUGUGUCUGUGAUCAUGGUGAUUAUUGCGAAGUGCGUGUAUGUACAAAAGAGGAUGAAGACAAGCAAGGACCAUGUUUACAUGGAGGGGUCUGCAAGGAUUCUCGUUGCUCUUGUGCUACUUCUUAUCAUGGUGAUACAUGUCAAAUGCGGAACGAUCGAUCUGUAUGGGAUCGUAUUACAACCCCUAAAGCACCUGCUGGACGUGCAUCACAUGCUUCUGUCCUUAUUGAUGACGUAAUCUGGAGUAUUGGUGGUGAGCACUUCAGUGGAGUAGUGUUCGAGGAUCCUGUUUUGUUCAACAUAACAUCUCGAUCGUGGAAAUCAGUAGUGGUAGGAGGAAAGGUUAAACCUGGUCCAAGGUUUGAUCACACUCUAGUGCGUUACAAGAGCAAGCUCUUCAUGUACGGUGGCGUGAUUGAUAGGAGGAACAUCACAAGUGAGCUUUGGAGUUUUGAUUUGCAUACCAAAGAAUGGAAUCAGGAAAAUGGAGAGAACAGAAACUUGACGAUUCCUCCCUUGGCCGUUUCCGGACAUACUGCUCAUGUUAUUGGGUCUGAGAUGUACGUAAUUUUCGGCUAUCAUCCUGAGAUCGGAUUCGUUCAUAACAUCCAAAUUUACAAUUUCGAGACAGGAAGAUGGCGCUUUGGAAACACUAAGGAUCAGGUCUAUGGACGGUUCCGCCACACUUCUGUUCACUAUAAAAUGGACUCUGGUGAUGCAAUUCUUGUGUACGGUGGCACUAUGUGGUCAAACACUCAGAAUAAUCUCACUGACAGUUUGAUGAGAUACGACAUCAAGCACGAAAAGUGGGCAAAUCUACCUCCAUCUGGUGUUCAACUGUUCCUACAUACGGCAACUAUCCUUAACGGUUUGAUGAUAGUGGUCGGAGGAAACGGAUAUAAUAUUAGCGAAUCUCGAACGAAGCAAGAAUGCUUUUCAUCGAUGGUUCAGGCUUACGAUAUAGCUUGUAAGCAGUGGUUCAAUAUCUCGUCUGAUGCAGUUCAAUUACGGCGGUAUGGCCACACAGCAGUAGCAACUAACUAUGAGCUCUACGUCAUUGGAGGAUUCAAUGGGAAAAUGCUGAACGAUGUGUGGCGCUUCUCUGCAGCUGAGUGCUCCUCUGCUACACGCCCGGAAGAAUGUCGCUCGCUGAUCGACGGAGUGAAAUGCAUAUUCACUGAACGUGCAUGUGUGAGAUUUGACCCAUUUGUCAGCUACAAACAGUCCUUCUUGUCUUUUGUCAAGAACGAGGUACCGAAAUCAAUGUCCGAAUGCAGGAACACUGCUCUAAGGCAAGCUCUGCAAACAUGUGAAGACUACACUGAUUGCAUGUCAUGCAUUUCUGAGCCAGCGUGUGGUUGGUGCCCAUCUGGAGAUCAGUGCCUUCCAAAUGAGGGUGAAUGCGUUGACGGACAGAUGAUGCAUACAACUUGGGAAAAAUGCUCAUCGUCGCGAGGUCCGCCACCGCCUCGGCCAUGUGGAAUGGCGAAUGACUGUCGUAGCUGCAAGCUACUGUCUCACUGCAAUUGGUAUACCGCUGAUGGAAAGCCAGCAUGCAUACCUUUGGAAGAUGAAAGUAAGUGCACAAGUGCAAUAAUGGUGAAACGCUGUCGUCAACUUACUUUUACUCUUACAGUCUUGCUGAGAAAAGAGCAACUAGAUCGCGAACUCGAUCGUGUCGCUUCCUCCAGUCUCCCUCUACGGCUGCCUACUACACCACCACCGAUCCCUCCUGGACAAAAUCUAUCGUACUGCCCAUUGCCGUGUUCGUCAUUGUACACCUGCAGUGAAUGCCUUCAAGAACAGAAGUGUAUGUGGUGCCCGAGUACCAGCAGAUGCAUAAACAUGGAGGCGUACGCUCUUUCCUUUGCGUAUGGACAGUGCCCUUCAUGGGUUGCCGGUCAUGCACAUGGAUUCGCUUUCUCGAAAUCUUGUCGUAUCGAGUCUUCAAACUGUUCCACACACAAGACGUGUGCCGAAUGCCAUCUGUCCCCAGAAUGUGGAUGGCUCGACGAUGGUUCUCGUACAGGUCUUGGUACCUGCACUAGAGGGUCAGCACGUGGUCCGCUGGAGCGUUCGCCUGAUUUCCAGCAACAUCAGUGGUAUUUCAUCGAUUGUCCAGCUUGCCAAUGUAAUGGGCAUUCGAUGUGCAACGAGACUCGCCAAACUUUUGGUGGAGUCCAAGAAGUUUGUGGUGAAUGCCAAAACAAUACAAUGGGAAAACAUUGUGAAAUCUGUGCUCCUGGAUAUCAUGGUGAUCCUCGAAACGGAGACAACUGUUCACCCUGCCAAUGCAAUGGUCAAGCAGAUACCUGUGAUCAUAUUACUGGGACCUGUCACUGUAGAACGAAAGGUGUAAGUGGAGCUAGCUGUGAUCGCUGUGACCAAAAAUACUACGGGCAGCCGAAAAAUGGGACUCCUUGCUAUUACGAACUCAGCGUUGACUUCAUAUUCACAUUCAAGCUGAAAAAUGAAGAUAAGGACAAACAUGCUACAGAAAUUUACCUCUUCAGUAUUCCUCACAAAAAAGAUACCGAUGUCACUUUCCAAAUCAGUUGUGAUGGAGGGUCCCAGGCGAACGUGGCAUUAAAUAUCACUUCUUCUUUAUUCGAGUCGACUCCUAGAAGAAUGAUGCUCAAUACAACCUGUGAUGCAAAAGGUUUUCGUCGAGUUUAUGUCGCCUCAGAUCCCGAUUACGCUUACGGAACUGAUGCUAACACUACCUUCUUUGUGCGAGUGUUUAACUUCACAACGCCUAUUACAAUUCAAGUCUCGUUUGCGCAGUCACCUCCCAUUAACUGGGUGUUAUUCUUUGUGAUAUUUGCAGCCUGUUUCAUUGUCCUUCUGGUUGUUGCUGGUUUACUAUGGAUGAUUAAACUUCGAAUUGAGGUGUAUCGAAGGAAUCAACGGCGGAUUGAUGAAAUUGAACAUAUGGCGUCUCGACCAUUCUCUUCAGUCAAGCUUGAACUCACAAGUCCAAAUGCUUUCCAGGCAUCGGGCCCCGUUCAAGGACCUACACCUCUUUCCGUGGAACCUUGUAGUAACUACAAGUCGGGUAUUUUCACUCUUGCCGUGCGUUUACCAACAGGAGGUCGGGCAACAACACCAAAUGGUACAUCAGGACUAGCGGUUGCAUCUGCAUUAUGUCUUUUGACACCUGCACAGCUGGGUGUACUUCAAGCUCCGGAUAACUCAGAGAAUCGUAAUAAUCGCAAAACUACUCUCCGAAGUUAUAUCCCUUUUUUACGAGCUAGAAUGAAUGACACUACCUAA